UUUCGAUCUCUCAAUUUUUCGCUAGCGCUCCCUGCUCUCCCUUUGUCAUUCUAGCUGCCUGCUGCCUGCGCAGCGAUCCUAGCUCUGCCUGUGCUAACUGCCAGCGCAAAGCGGAAGGAUUAGUUGGGACCUGCCUUGGUGACCCCAUGGCAUCCCCGAGAACCGUAACUAUCGUAGCCCUCUCAGUGGCUCUCGGACUCUUCUUUGUUUUCAUGGGGACUAUCAAGUUGACCCCGAGGCUCAGCAAGGAUGCCUACAGUGAGAUGAAACGUGCUUACAAGAGCUAUGUCAGAGCCCUUCCUCUGCUGAAGAAAAUGGGCAUUAAUUCCAUUCUCCUCCGAAAAAGCAUUGGUGCCCUUGAAGUAGCCUGCGGCAUCGUCAUGACCCUUGUUCCUGGACGUCCCAAAGAUGUGGCCAACUUCUUCCUACUCUUGCUGGUGUUGGCUGUGCUGUUCUUCCACCAGCUGGUUGGUGAUCCUCUCAAGCGCUAUGCACAUGCUCUGGUGUUUGGAAUUCUACUCACCUGCCGCUUGCUGAUUGCCCGCAAGCCUGAAGAUCGUUCUUCUGAGAAGAAGCCAUUGCCAAGGAAUUCUGAGGAACAACCCUCCUUAUAUGAGAAGGCGCCUCAGGGCAAAGUGAAGGUGUCAUAGGAAAGUGGAAGGGCAAACUGGGGACCUGGGAGGCAGCUGGCCUCAGUGACAGCUGGGAAGAUGUCAGUGUGUGUUUUUAAUUUGAUUUAUCUUGGGGAGAAAAGGGAAAAUAUAAUUUGCAAUUUAAUUGGCUUGUAUACAUCUAUACCCCAAAAUAACCUCCCCACAUUGACAUUUGUGAACCAUCUUUAAUCACUCCGGGGCAAUGCUCACAUCUUGCUGCAUGUACACGUAUAUGGUUACUAUUGAAGUGUAUUUGUGAGAUACAUUCCAGCAAGCAUGUGACUGUGAGAUUAUGUGUGGGAAAAUGAAUUUACCUACUGUAUGUGUGUAUGCACACAUAUGUGUAGAAGGCUCUCAUCUUGAACUAAUCCUGCAUAGGUAUCCUUCCUUUUAUAUAUUGAUUCCAGCAAAGGUAGAAUAAAAUAAAUCUCCUGUAAAGAGAAUCCUACUUCUGGUAUAAAACAAAUUACCUAUUUACAUGUGGGGAGGGAUUACUCUCUAGAUGAAGCUGAAAACUUAAAUUCACCACUUCAGGAAAAAACUCUUUGACUUGAAACCCUGCAUUAUGUGUAAAAUUAGCCUCUAUUUCAAUAGUUAAGUUUCAACAUUCAGUGUAGAGUAUAAUUAAAACAAAGAAUUCACCAGGCAUGGUGGCACAAGCCUUUAAUCCCAAUCUCAGCCCUCCGGGAGACUGAGGCAGGAGGAUCGCAAGUUUGAGUUCAACCUGGACAAUGUGGUGACUUAGUGAG